AUGCGCUACAAGCGACUCAACUUUGGAAUAUCUAGUGCCGCCGAAAUCUUUCAGAACGCCAUCCGCGAGAUUCUUGGCGGCAUCCCGGGCGCAAUUAACAUCAGCGAUGACAUACUCGUUUUUGGCAAGACCCAGAAGGAGCAUGAUCAAGCACUCGCAGUAGUGUUUCAGCGGCUUCGAGAACGCGGGCUGACCUUGAACAAACUCAAGUGCGAGUACAGCAAAAACAGCCUUGAGUUCUUCGGGUACAUUUUUGGUGCAGAUGGCAUGGCCCCCGAUCCAAAGAAAGUCCAAGAUAUCCUAAACCUCAAAGCCCCAACGUCAGUCACAGAAGUCCGUAGCCUGCUAGGCAUGACCAACUACUGUGCACGAUUCGUCGAGGGAUAUGCUACAAUUACUGAACCUCUGCGAGCCCUUACCCACAAGAACCAUACCUGGGAGUGGAUGGACAAGCAGGAACAUGCCCUGGCCCAGCUCCGGCAUGUGUUGGCCAAUGCACCUGUCACAGCGUACUUCAACCCUGAGAAAACAACUGAAAUCUCUGUUGAUGCAAGCCCGGUUCGGCUGGGCGAUAUCUAG